GCCCCGCCCGAGCCGGCCGCCUCCCGGCGCGUGCAAACUAGUGGCAGUUGGUGGGGCUCGGCUGCCGCCCCGCCGCCCGCUCCCGGCGCCUCAGCGCGGCACGCAUGCCAAGGCCCGGCGGCGCCAGGUUGUCUUCUGAAUUUUGGGUCUGAAGGUACCUUCUUGCUUUCUCAGCAAAUCAUGGACAUCGUUGGUUUUCUGAAGUCUCAAUUCAUUUGCCACCUUCUGAUCUGCUACAUAUUUAUAGUGUCAGGACUGAUCAUUAACUUCAUUCAACUCUUUACACUUAUACUUUGGCCAAUCAACAAGCAACUGUUCAGGAGGAUCAACUGCAGGCUGGCUUACUGCAUUUCAAGCCAGAUGGUGAUGUUGCUGGAAUGGUGGUCAGGCACCAAUUGCACCCUCUACACUGACCCAGAGAGUUACAACAAGUAUGGGAAGGAGAAUGCCAUCGUAAUCCUUAAUCACAACUUUGAAAUUGACUUUCUCUGUGGUUGGAACUUUUGUGAAAGAUUUGGGGUCUUGGGGAGUUCCAAAGUGCUUGCAAAGAAGGAGCUUUCCUACAUGCCUAUCAUAGGCUGGAUGUGGUAUUUCCUAGAGAUAGUCUUCUGCAAGCGUAAGUGGGAGGAAGAUCGGAAAACAGUCAUGCAGAAGUUGCUGAAUCUCCGGGACUACCCUGAAAACUUUUGGUUCCUGAUUCAUUGCGAGGGCACAAGGUUCACAGAACAGAAGCACCAGAUUAGCAUGCAGGUAGCCGAAGCCAAAGGCCUGCCCAAGCUCAAGUAUCACCUACUGCCGCGAACGAAAGGAUUUGCUGUCACUGUGCAGUGUUUGAGAAAUGUAGUUUCUGCAGUCUAUGAUUCUACCCUCAACUUCAGAAAUAAUGAGAAUCCAACGUUGCUGGGAGUUCUAAAUGGAAAGAAGUAUCAUGCAGAUUUAUACGUAAGGCGAAUUCCGCUAGAGGAAGUCCCAGAAGAUGAACAGGAAUGUUCUAACUGGCUCCACAAACUGUAUCAAGAAAAGGACGCAUUCCAGGAAGAGUACUACCGAACAGGAACCUACCCAGCAGUCCCUGUAGUACCACCCCGACGACCAUGGACACUUUUGAACUGGCUUUUCUGGGCCUUAUUGCUGCUAUAUCCUUUAUUCAAGCUGCUCAUCAACAUGAUCAACAGUGGAUCAUCGCUGACACUGGCUAGUUUUGCAUUUGUCAUUGUAAUAGGGAGCCCAAACUGGACCCAGCACUCCAGACGUGCCUCACCAGUGCUGAACAGGGUGGGAAGGAUCAUCUCCCUUGACCUGCUGGAAAUGCUCUUCCGAAUGCACCCCUGGGCGGCCUCGGCCUCCUUUCCCACCAGCUAGUGUCUACCGGGAAGCCCACCUUCUGUUGGUGUCAGAUGGAUGAUAGCCGUUACAGAAAUUAACAAGGGCUCCACCUACGGUAACAAUGACAACAAGCAGAAACAAAAGUAGCAUCUUCAGAGACUGCUUCAAUCCAAAGGGAACAAAUGCAACUUCUGAGAACUGUUAAGUGCAUAUCAUGGUCCUUCAGGUGAGAUCAGAGGAAGGGUAGGAUAAGCAAUUGCCACGCGUAUCUGAUUUUGUGCUCCUGUUAUUUUUCUUGGGGAGUUUGGGCUGGAUGACAUGCUUGAAAGAUGCACUCCUUCGUAUACUCUCUACAACAGGUUUGCAUUUGUUUGGUUGGUUUGUUUUCCUAUAAAGUGUCUUAAAUUUUGAAAAAAAAAGAAAAAAAGGAGAGGCUCUACCUGGAAACUAACCAGAGGUGCAGGCUUUAUCUUUCUUAACUCGCUCUAAGGAAUGGAUAAAUGUCAGAAGAUUGUUACAAGAUGAUUAAAAUUGAUAGUUGUGUAGAUUACACAUUAAUAGUUUAACAACCAUAAUCUGUCAAUGUUUAAACACAGUAAGAUGCUCUGCUUGGUUAUACCAGUAUUGGACUGAAGCAGCUCUGCUGAACUGGCAGGCUCACAGUAGAGUUUUUCUACAUCUAGAACUUACUCCCACAGUUUGCACCACAGGGGCCCUUUAAAACUUCAGGCAGGGCCCGCUGUGUUAGAUCCGAGCCCUGGAGUGCCACAGCCUGGAGCGGAAUUUGGCCCUGUGGCCUGAACAGAGCUACCCUACCCACUGCCACAUCUUCCCCCAGGCAACACAUCAGAGGGAUAGCUGAAACCUGGAAUUAACUUUUGAGAGUAAACGCCAUUUAUAGUUUGGAAAAACUGAGGUAAUAAAAUUCCUCUCAGCUUUAAACACCGAUCAAAAUUCUAGGCCUUCCUAGCAAAGGGGGAAACAAAACAACUGGGUAUGCUGUAACUAAGAAAUGCAAAGCCUGCAUUAACAGUUAUGCCCCACACCCAUACUGUUGCCAUCCCAAUUAAUCUGCUUGUCUGUCUUUUCUGAUAAAUUAGUUUACAUGGUGCCUCGUAAGAGUCAGCCUAAGACAAUACUUAAAUUAUCUUUUGCUUUUCUUUUGGGGAGAAGAGGGGAGGUGGGAGAGAGACCUAGAGAGUUUUUUUUAUGGCUGGCUGGACUUGCUUUGACACCCUUCUGAAUUAAGUAAAACUAGAAUCAAGCCCCUUGGGAGAACUGUGUUGCUUUGACAUCCCUGGUACUGAUUCCAGGGCAGCCUCCUGUUGUUUUUAAACUUCAAGAGUUAACGAUAUGCAAGUUACUAAAAAGAGCUUGUUUAAAAAAAGAAAAAGGUUUUCCUUUUUGGACAGGACUUCCAGCUACCAGCAAUUAUGAGUGAAAAAAAAAAAACAAAAACAAAAAAACCCACCCCAAUCUUUUAAAAUCUAAAGGUACUGAUGCUGAGCAGUGGGGAUGAUGAUUGGCACUUUCAAUAAUGGUACAUUUUCAUUGCACAUAGGACUAAACCGUGAUAGUCUAGGCACAGCCAGCCUGAGUGGCUCUAGAGAGGAAAGUGAGCAGCCUUCAGGUCUAGCAGCUGAUACUAAAACCCAUUUCUCUUUUCCUAUAAUAAAACUGAGGCCGGAAGAAAGAGGGGCUAAUACAACAGAGUAUGAAUCAUUCCAUGAAAUAUGCAUUUGCUGUUCAGUACAUCCAAUCAUCUAGAAAUUAGUCUUUUUAAUAUGCAGCAGCUAAAGAGCAGGUGGAGUACUGCUUUUAGCGGGGGGCAGGAAGUAAAGUUUUUUGAGCGUGGAGGUGGUAAAACAUUACAGGAAGGAAGGAAGAGGCCUUGGGAAGUGUGAGGAACUAGUUUUGGGGUUUUUUUUCCCCACCCGUCUUGUGUACACAUGCACUGCCUGUGCUCUGCAGCUUUCUGGAAUAGGUUGUAUGAUGUAAUGAACAUAAACAGGGGCUUUAGUGUAGUUUUUCAACACAUGAAAUAGAGCCUGAGAUCAGAGAAUAUGGCUGUGCUUAUAAAGGUAUUCUCUUAAUAAAGCACACACCCUACACCUCUAUUUGCUAAAACAAUUUUAAAAUUGUAAAACUGAGUAUUAUAACCUGUAUUAGUGUCUGAAGGUCCAUCUGUCCCGUAGUCAUGCAUCAGGCAUGUUAGUGAGCCAGGCCUGAAGACACUGUAUGCAAGACUUUGGAAAUGGGUAGGGGUGGGAGAAAAAAGAUCUCACCAAUCUUGCAUUUUACUGUAAACCUUUUCUGGCUGAUACAGUGGGCUUUGCCUCAGGGUGGCAGAAUGAACCCUAUACACAGAGGUGCGUAGGUCUGAGCAGCAAAUACAUGUUCGUGUAGUGACAGAGGUUAGCUUUUUUGCGUUUUUAAAGAGCCGCUGCUUUAACAUGCUGGUAGGGAGACAUUUAACAUUCCUUAGAACUCUUAGUCCUUUCCUCUCCGACUGCAUGCAGUGCCACUUCUCCCAGAGGAAAACACCACACGUAAAUAUUUCUGAAAGAGUAUUUAGACUAUUUCAUAUCCAUUUUCCUGGGAUCAACCCUUAGAACAGGCUGAGGGCCAAACACGCCACUCCUGGAUCUGUCCUCCUAAGCCCUUCUACAAGUCCCAGCGCACAAGGACUGCACCACUGGGCCCUUCCAGCAUUCACCGGCAAAGAAAGCUUAUUGGUACUUGCCAAAGUUCAACUAGUCCAGUUCGCUGUAUUAAAAGAAUGACAUCUGUCAUUAAGAAGCAGUGUUUGCCCCUCCUCCCCACAAGCAACUGUAUGUUCUACAACUGCCUUAACAAAAGUAGUUUUAACCGUUUGUUUAUACAAAAAUAAAAGUAUA